CCUAGCUUGUUCUACCAUCCAAAACUUUCAUUCUUUCCCUUACAUCUCUCUACUUGAGUGUCUUCUAAUCCUUUCUUCUGAUUUACAAAACAAUACAAAAAGGAAAAGAAAUGGCUGCAUGCUGGCCUGAGCCGAUUGUUUCCGUCCAAGCCUUGUCGCAAACUGGCCUAUCCACCGUCCCAAACCGGUACGUGAAACCGGCACAUCAGAGACCGGUCUACAACUCCGAUGCUGAGAUGGAAAUCCCCGUGCUAGACAUGAGCGACGUGUGGGAGAAACCGGAGGGGCUGAGGCGCGUGAGAAGCGCGUGUGAGGAGUGGGGUUUCUUCCAGGUGGUGAACCAUGGUGUGAACCACGCGCUGAUGGAGAGAGUGAGGGGAGCCUGGCGAGAGUUCUUCGAGCUACCGUUAGAGGAGAAACGAAAAUAUGCAAACUCACCGGAGACGUACGAAGGCUAUGGAAGCAGGCUUGGGGUUGUGAAAGAUGCUAAAUUAGAUUGGAGUGAUUAUUUCUACCUCAACUACUUGCCUUCUUCCAUAAGAAACCCUUCCAAGUGGCCAUCUCAGCCUCCUAAGAUCAGAGAAUUGAUUGAAGAGUACGGAGAAGAAGUGAGGAAUCUGUGUGAGAGGCUGGUUAAGACAUUGUCAAAGAGUUUAGGUUUAGAAACAAACCAUCUCAUGAAGGCCUUUGGAGGAGAAGACAAAGUCGGGGCUAGCCUGAGGGCAAAUUUCUACCCAAAAUGCCCUCAGCCACACCUCACUUUAGGGCUUUCUUCCCAUUCUGACCCUGGUGGCAUCACCAUCGUCCUCCCGGACGAGAACGUCGCCGGCCUCCAAGUCCGUCGUGGUGACUGCUGGGUCACCGUUAAAUCUGUCCCCAAUGCUUUGAUCGUUAACAUUGGAGAUCAGAUUCAGAUACUUAGCAAUGGGAUUUACAAAAGCGUGGAGCAUCAGGUGAUCGUUAAUUCCGGUAUGGAUCGAGUCUCUUUGGCACUCUUCUAUAACCCGAGAAGUAAUAUCCCGAUCGGACCAGUGAAAGAACUAUUAACCGAAAACCAACCUGCUCUUUAUAAACCGAUAAGGUUCGACGAGUACCGUCUUCUGAUUAGGCAAAAGGGUCCUAGUGGGAAAAAUCAAGUCGAUUCACUGUUAGCAAGUAGAUGAUAAUUGAUAUACAUCAUUUGUAUAAUCAAUUACUCCUAUGUAAUUUUAUAGUCGUAUCUCAAUAACACGUAAAAAUGUACACUUACAUUAAUAUGUAAGAAAGAAACACUUUAAUAAGUGGUCAGAUUCUGUGAACAUUGAAUGCCUAUCCGACGAUUGAAUCGUUUUUACA